UACUUAUCCCGUGGGAUCGUGUGAUGAGAGAUCGUGCCUCGGUAUGGAGGAUUUGAUUGAUGGACUGAGGUUGAUGAACGCGCUACUUUGAUUUUGGGUUGUCCUUGGUGCGAUCGAAAGGGUGGGCUUGCUGGGUUAUCAUUGCGAACCCAAGUUGCGUUCUGUUUUGGAAUGGAGUUGGAAGUGAACAGGGUGGGGGGUGACAACGUUAACAAAGGCAGGGAAUCUCUGUGUAAGUGGUUUUUUGAAAGAUAUCCGCUGAGGUAGUCCUCCGACCGUUGAAGUCGCUGAUGAAUCGAUCUCAACUCCGUCGUAGCUGUUGUUCCAGCUUUGUUUCGCUGCAGGGAGCGAUGCAUAGGUCAGUUGGGGUGUGUGGUGUGUGUGAAAGGAAUGUAGCGACUGUGUGGGUUCGUAGCCAGCGCGGGAUUUGUUUGUUUCCAUCUCACUAAACAUGUCUCCUUGCUUUCCACGGCUAGAAGCUUGGAACGCUCCGAAUAUGUGAGAAAUUGCUGGGAACUCUCAUAAGGCACAGCCGGAACUGGGAAAAUCUUCAUGACAUCGCGUGUACUUGCGAGAGUUCGCAUCUUCCACGUCUGUAAUAUAAUGAGAUGAAAUGAUUCGUCUCGAGCACAUGAACUCCCUUCAGUUCAAAGAAAUGUUGCAGGAGUUGUAGAUUUUUUUUGGUGGAUAUCGAAAUCGACCAGAUCCUCGUUUGAGUGACGGACCGCUGUACAGAGAUAUUUUUUGUCAUUUACCUUAGUUUCAGAGCACAGAUUGGGAUUGAUCGGUUGACCUCUCCGCAUCCAACAUUGGGAGCUCCCGCUUUUGAAAUUCCAAGUCAUCUGAAGGUGAUUGCCGUCGAGGGUGGCCACAUUUGAAGAAUGGGCGAUUCUUUUGAAGCACGACUAGGCCCACCAGGGUGGGCACUUCAAGAAGAAAAGUCCGAUAGAUCGUCUAGUACUGUGGAUGGAGUGGAAGAAGUUGCAAGUGAAGUGGCGCCCAACAGUGUAGUUCUUGUUGUAAUAGAUGUCAACAAGGAACUCAAUAUGAAUGCUUUAAACUGGGCACUUGGUCACGUCAUUCAGACUGGCGACACUGUAAGACUGCUGGGAAUCCUUCAACAUAUCAAUAAUCCAAUGGGUUAUAGAUCUCGUGCUGAUGAGAAAAGCUGGAACGGAGCGAGUCGUAAGGUUCUGGAUCAUCAAAUUGCGACACAUGUAGUCAUACUAAAAAGUAUCCCACUCAUUUUCAGUACAGUUGAGAAGAAAGGGGCUAAGCUGGAAAUCGAUGUGCGGGCCAAUCUUUAUUCGAAGACCCUUGUGGUAGACGAAGCGAAACGGCUCGGUGCGCGUUACGUGGUUAUUGACAGGCACAUCAAGAAAGAUAAGAAGUACUACAUUGACAACCUUACUUGCUAUGUAACUCGUGUAAAGUCGUUGACGGCUUUUGAGCAUUUACGCCAUGGAGUGCCCAUGGUUGAGGACGCAGAGACGACGCAGAAAGGGGAGACUUCUAGUGGAGAGAUGUGUAGGGAGAAUUUACUCUUGACCUCGCAGGACUCAGUUCCCACGAGUGCAGGUUCAGAAGUGAUGCAAGCGCCGAUGCAAGCAACACUUCCGUUUUCGCACCAUCAGCCGCACACAUUUUCCUACACUGGCAAAGCUCCACGUUCAAGCAACUCUUACAAGAGUAUGAACCCCAUCUACGAAGGCCCUUUGGCUGGUGAUUCAGAUUAUGAACUUGAGCAGAUGGGGUACUCUCGUCAAAACCCUGACAACCACAUGGAUGCUACAACAAGCUCAAAUCGGGAGCUCGCUGUCCGGCGCUGGUUGAUUGAUUCAGGCUACAGAAUGGAGUCCGGCUUUAAUUAUCCGACUACGGAGUAUGAUUAUAUGACCACAGGAUACUCUGCAUAUGCUGCGAUGCAUCAGGUGCCCACACCCAUGACCCCCUCCAUAGAAGCAGCGCUGGCUGACCAUAUGUCAAAUUUACACAGCUCUAAUACUUAUGCCCCUACGCGUGCCCUUUACUCAAGAAGCGAUAGCGCAGAGAGCGGCAAGGUAUCUAAACCAGGGUUUACUACAGGAGUCCUCCCCCGAUCUAGAGAGAACCACGUUAGAAGCAGCAACCCUUCAGGCUCUCAGAGUGAGAGUGUACAAAUCGAAAAAGAGGAUGGACUCGCAUCCCUCCUCAACCUUCAAGGAGGCUGUAGCAGUGCGGAUAGUAAUCCUGUUGAAUCGUCACAAAGAGGCGUGGGGUUCGAUAGAGGCGCCAGUAGUAACAAGGGUGGCCCUGUUUCUGUACAGCCACGCCGAGCAGACACUAACUGGGCCUUGGAAUUGCUCCAAACUGACUUUGGAGGAAAAUCACAGGCUAUCGCACAACCAGUGAGGCAAGAGGAAGCAGUGAAUCAGAGUAGCUUUCAAGCAUUCAAUACUACUAAGGAUAAAGUGGGUCCAAGUAGCGCUCAGGGUUCAGUGGAUCGCAUCUCCAGCGUGCGGAGGGCAGUUUCCAGUAAGAAGUCGAUGCCAGGAACUCCGCCGCUGUGCAAUGUGUGUCAUCAAAAGUCUCCUACGUUUGGCAAAGUGAAAAAAUUUAUGUACGCGGAGCUUCAGGAGGCUACCGAUAAUUUCAGCGACGAAAAUUAUUUGGCUAAGGGUGGGUACGGCACUGUGUAUAAAGGGAGGCUGACAGGAGGUCAGUUGGUGGCUGUGAAGCAGCACAAGCUUUCAAGCUGUCAAGGGGACGAAGAAUUUUGCGCAGAGGUUGAAGUCUUGAGUUGUGCACAGCAUCGAAAUCUUGUUGCACUCAUCGGAUACUGUGUUGAGAAGCAGAAGCGUCUUCUUGUGUAUGAGUACGUAUGCAAUGGAUCGCUUGACAUGCAUCUUUCCUCCAAGGCCAAGACGGAAUUACUAUGGGCUCACCGGCAUAAGAUUGCGAUUGGGGCAGCUAGGGGACUGCGGUACCUGCAUGAAGAGUGUCGUGUAGGAUGCAUCGUUCAUCGUGAUAUGCGGCCUAAUAAUAUCCUACUUACACACGACUUAACACCAAUGGUUGGGGACUUUGGACUAGCAAGACGGCAGGUUAGCGGAGACCUGGCAGAAGAGACUCGUGUGAUGGGCACCAUCGGUUAUUUGGCUCCAGAGUACGCUGAGACGGGGCAGAUAACAGACAAAGCGGAUGUUUAUGCUUUCGGCGUUGUCCUGCUUGAGCUUAUAACAGGCCGUAGAGCCAUCGAUCACUCUCGGCCGAAGAACCAAACGUCCCUGACAGAGUGGGCUCGCCCACUGCUCGCUACUUACGACACAGACCUCAUUGACCCACGUUUGAAGAUGCAGUAUAACGAGCCCGAGAUGCACUGCAUGAUGUACGCCGCAACCCAAUGCAUCAAGAAAAAUCCAAAUGAACGUCCACGGAUGACGCAGGUACUCCGCAUUUUAAAUCCACCGCAAGAGAGUGACUGGACGUAUGGACCUGGUAGAUCGAUCUCGGUGCAUUUAAGCACCUCACUUCCUCCUCAACCGGGUCUCCUACCUCCAUUGGAUUCAGUAACGUCUUCACAUUCCCCGGCCUAUUUCGGCUCAAGAUACGUCUCCUCCGGAUCGUCAAGAUCCAGCAGCUGCUCCCAUUCGGAUGACUCCCUUGGCUCCCAAAAGCCCACCUUAGAGUGAGCUGCUGUCUCAAUGUUCCCACACCCACAGCCUUGAAUUAUUUUUGAUACGGAGAAUGUUCAUAAACAGAGGUGACGGUCAUGUAAGUAUGUAGCUUAGAGUGCAGGUACUACAGAGCAUUUCGUUUCGCUGAGGCAUAUCAUGUAUAUAUUAAUUUUGUUUGUUUCACACCAAGUUUAGAUUGAUCAACCCUGCCUCGGCACGUGCAACUGGUCAACUCUUAGAUUUUCCGGGAAUGAUUUAGUAACUGGACCAGUCCAUUUUUUCUCACCAUGUUUGGGUACAUGGCUUUUCAUAUCCUGUAGGUUCAAAUCGUGGGCACGGUCCUCCACAUUAAUUGAAUAUGUGAAGAGCCAUUCUAAAAACAGGGUUGGACUAUUGAUAUGUGAAUAAAAUAGCGGACUUCUUUGUUACAUGCUA